AUGCGGGUUCUGUUCGCUCUUCUGUUCCUGCCAUACUGCUGGGCUAUGUGGCCGCAGUCGUGGAUUGUUGGCAUGGCCUGUGGUAAAGCAGCACAGCUCUACUAUCCAGAAUGUGUCUAUGGUGAUUAUGCAUGCAUUUGUGGUAGCGAUCAAAUCAAGGCAACCGUCGAGGACUGUAUCAACCGGGCUACUAAAAUGAACUCUACUGACAUGGGUUCUGCUUGGGGUCGCUUCUCGUUGAUGUACUGCACUUUAAACGGACAGGAAGAUCUGGUGGGUGAUCUGCUCACGAUUGCGAAAAUCAAACCUCAGAGAGUAGUUUCCGAUGAGUCGUUUGAGCGGGCGUACGAAGCAGAGGUCCACCUGCUUUCGCAGAAAGAUGUUUCUGUAAGGUACAGCUUGAGUCUAUAUGUUUAUUGGUUGGGGAUUGCCGUGAUUGCCGCAAUCUGGAGAUUCAUGUCGAAAUUGGCUGUGUUUCUGGUCGGUCCUCAUUCAAUGUUACAAAGGCGACAUUCCAGAUACUAUCGAUGGCUUCAGCGAAGAUUCUUUUGGCCGGCUCUUUUCGGCCAGCGACACAUGGUACGAUUUCAAUUCAAAUGGAUAACUAUGUCGUUGGCAUCCCGCUUUGAAACAGUUGUGAUUCUGGUUUUUUUCUUGCUCUGUCUCAUUUUCAUGUUAACCCCGUAUACCUUUAUGGACGAUGACCCGUUUUUCGAGACAAGAUGGAAAGAAAUGAUGCGAUUCAGUUCAGAUAGAUCAGGUAUCAUGGGCACCAUUCUGAUCCCACUGUUUGUUCUCUUUGGAAUGCGCAACAAUAUACUGAUCUGGGCGACGGGUUGGUCUUACCAGCGUUUCAAUGUUUUCCACAGAGCAAUUGCACGAAUCAGCUAUACUCUCUUGAUUGUGCAUUCGGUUACAAAACACAUUUUUUCUGCCUCUUAUCAUGCAUCGCUAGUCAAGUACUUUUACCCGACGCUUCUUUAUCGGUACGGUGUUGCAGCCAUGUUUCUAAUGGCCAUAAUGAUCGGCUCGGCCAUGGUAAGAAACAGAUUCUACGGUAUCUUCCAUUUCCUUCAUAUUACAUGUGGAUUUGCCGGCUUAAUGUGCUCAGUGUACCACUUGAAUCACAUUGGUUACAAGGAACCACUUUAUAUUGCCUUUGCCAUUUGGGCAGCCGACUGGUUUUUGAGACUUGCCAGAGUAACUAUUUUCAAUUUCAGAACGGUUUUCCCUCCCCUCGCUGGUAGCCAUCGCAGCAGCUAUGCAUCUGUGAAUGUAUACAAUGGUGAAAUAGCCCGACUGUCAAUCAGGCUACCCGUCAAAUGGCCAUUCUAUCCAGGCCAGUACGUCUAUCUAUAUCCUCACCGAUAUUGGUUCAUAAAUGGACACCCUUUUUCAGUGGUUGGGGCAACCCCCAAUGGUGAUGGCAUGAUCUUACUUGUUAGAGCACGGAACGGGAUGACCAAAGAGCUGUGCAAAAGUCUUAUUGAUCGAGGCUGUAGUGAGACCACGCCUGUCACAAUUCCAGUCGUAGUUGAGGGUCCCUACGGAGUCUCAGCGCCCGUAUUCAAUUACGACGAGGGACUACUGAUUGCAGGUGGUAUUGGAAUCACUGGUAUAUUGGGCUAUGUUGAGAGAAUGGUUCGUGACAAUGCUGUCAAGCAUCACAAACACAUACACGUUAUUUGGAUUGCCCACUCGAGAAAACUAUUUGCUAUUGCAAGGGACAUCAUACUUCGGCUAAAAGAAUCAGGAUCGGUUGAAAUUUCACUUUACACAAAGGCCGAGAGAGGCCAAAAUUUGCUUAGAUUUCCUGAACAAGCUGGAGUUGCGUCUGGAGAAAACGUGGUUGUAGACUACGAACCUACACAAAGCGCUUCCACCUCUCAACGAGUAAGUAGACAUGGAUCUCGCGAUACGGAAUGGUGCGACCAGUAUAAUUCGAGAAAUCAUUCUCAGUCUGAAUUUGAUAACUCGAGCUAUAUGAAGUCUGUUUCACCAGACGAUACGCUUGUCUAUGAGCGUGAAAAUCCGUUUGCGUCUAGUGAAGUGCUUUCAUCACGACUGGAUGAGCUGGAGAAGGCCGGUUUGGAUGACAGUCGAUCUGACGAUACCCAGGGAAACUAUCCCAAGAAAGACUGCUUUGAGACAUCGAGUGAGUCUUUGAGCACCGAGAAGAGUGACGACUUGGAUGAGCUCAUUAUUGAAUCUCGGAUUGAUCUCGCUAAUACUGUGAGGACAUUCUUCAAUCAGUCAAAGGGUAGUGUGUGCGUAGCCGCUUGCGGGCCGCCUGGAAUGAUGGACACUAUUUCUGCAGCUGUAUGCAAGUACAUGGAGCACGUCGAGUAUGGCGAGGUUCACUACUAUGAAGAAGCUUUUAGCUGGUAG